AUGAGGUUGCCUUCAUGGCUCUCCAUCUUGCUUCUAGCCCGGGCUGUCAGUGCCAGUCCACGCGAUUACGAACGAUACGAUUACUUUGCCGUUCACCUCGACUCCGCCGUUGUUCCUCAAGAGGUUGCUCAACGACUAGGAAUGCAGUAUGAAGGGCUCGUGGGAGAAUUAUCACAUCACUACACCUUCUCUUGUCUGAAGGAUUCGUGUUUGGACGUUGAGGAGUCCCUAGAGGAGUUGCGGAGGCGAAAAAAGCGAAGGAGGCGGCGCUCGGACGGCAGUGAGCCACACAACUUGAGAAGAGAAAUACCGCUUGACCUGAAUGGUAUUUUAUGGUCAGAAAAGCAGCAGCUACGCCAUCGCCAUGUGAAGCGAAUCCCUCCGUCACCUCUCCUCAACGGCCGUGCGGGCCAGAAGGCAGCAGACUCCGAUAUUCAUCAAGCGGCGGAUCAGGAAGCAGUCCGACGGUUGGAUUCAAUCGCAGAAACACUGGACAUCAAGGAUCCCAUUUUCAAAGAGCAAUGGCAUUUGUUCAAUACUAGACAGUUGGGCCACGAUUUGAACGUGACAGGAGUUUGGCUGGAUGGCAUCACAGGUAACGGCAGUAUCUCCGCCGUCAUCGAUGACGGCUUGGAUCUUUACAGCAACGAUCUCAAGGACAACUACUUUGCUGAAGGUUCGUACGACUUUAAUGAGAAGGAACCCGAGCCCAGACCUCGCCUCUUCGACGACCACCAUGGCACACGAUGCGCUGGCGAAAUUGCGGCAGUAAGGAACAACGUUUGUGGAGUUGGAAUGGCCUACGACAGCAAGGUCGCUGGGAUACGCAUCCUGUCAAAACCUAUCAGUGACGAGGAUGAAGCCACUGCAAUUAAUUACCACUUCCAAGAGAACCAGAUCUAUUCUUGUUCCUGGGGCCCGCCUGAUGACGGCGCGACCAUGGAAGCCCCCGGAAUCCUCAUACAGCGAGCACUAGUGAAUGGUGUGCAAAGCGGGCGCAAUGGUCUGGGCUCUGUAUUCGUCUUUGCUGCUGGCAACGGCGCAUCAAACGAGGACAACUGUAACUUUGACGGGUAUACCAACAGCAUCUAUUCCAUCACUGUGGGAGGAAUUGACCGAGAUGGUAACCACCCUUAUUACUCAGAGCAUUGCUCCGCCCAGCUGGUGGUGACCUACAGCUCAGGUGAACAAGAUGCUAUCCAUACAACCGACGUUGGGACUGAUAAGUGCUUCAAUGGCCAUGGAGGCACAUCUGCUGCUGGCCCACUCGUCGUUGGAACUGUUGCUCUUGCACUCAGUGUGAGGCCAGAUUUGUCAUGGCGAGAUCUACAAUAUCUGUGCGUGGAAACCGCCGUCCCCAUCCAUCUAGAUGAUGGCGGUUGGCAGAAUACCACGAUUGGGAAGAAGUUCAGUCACACCUAUGGCUAUGGAAAAGUUGACGCGUAUCGUUUUGUCGAAGCUGCAAAGUCAUUCGAAUCGGUCAAGCCGCAAGCCUGGUUCCACUCGCCAUGGAUCAGCGUUCAGCACGCGAUCCCUGAGGGUGACCUUGGGCUUGCUGCAAGCUUCCAGGUCACAGAAGGAAUGUUGAGGGACGCAAACUUGGAAAGGCUUGAGCACGUUACGGUGACAAUGAAUGUUGAGCAUGGCAGAAGGGGUGAUCUGAGCGCCGACUUGAUCAGCCCAACUGGAGUGGUGAGCCGGAUUGCUACCGCUCGUGGUCCAGAUAGUGCUGCAGCGGGAUAUGACGACUGGACGUUCAUGUCUGUGGUUCAUUGGGGAGAGUCCGGCAUUGGAAACUGGACCGUGGUAGUCAAAGAUACCACGGAAAAUGAGUUCAAUGGCACCUUCAUCGACUGGCGCCUCAACCUUUGGGGCGAAUGUAUCGAUCCUCAAAUUCAAGGCCUUCAUCCACUCCCUGACGAACAUGACGACGACCAUGUAACAGCCACCGCAAUUGUAAGUACGACCAGUGUCGCCCCAGGAAGUUCACCUACUUCACUACCAGCGAUACCCACGAGUCAUAUCGAGCGACCUACAAAGCCCAAACCGAGCGAUGCUACAGACACGACCGCGACCGCUACAGCGACCGACAUCACCUCUGUACCAGCUGCGACAACGACGCUAGUACCAGAGCCUACUCACACGUACUCUGACAGCUUUCUUCCCUCCUUUUUCCCGACAUUUGGCGUUUCCAAACGAACACAGAUCUGGAUUUAUGGCUCUAUAGGGCUGAUUGUCAUCUUUUGUUCGGGUCUGGGUGUCUACUUCCUCGUUCAGCGAAGAAAGAGAUUGAGGAACAAUCCACGCGACGCAUACGAGUUUGAAAUGGUCGGUGACGCCGACGAGGAUGAGCAGCAAAGCUUGAACACCCGGGGUGGACGCGGUAAGGCGAGAGCCCGACGCGGUGGGGAGCUUUACGAUGCCUUUGCCGGUGAGAGUGAAGACGAUCUCUACAGCGACGACGAAGCAUACCAGGACACGCCUAGCAAUGACACGGGAACAGGAUCCAGAUCUGACAGUCUAGAGGGUCAGGAAAAGUAA